AUGCUUAAGUCCCUCGUACUCAGCGCGGUCCUUGCGGCUGCCGUGCCCCUGGACGAACAGCUCUUCGGAAAGUCGUUCAACCUGGGUAGCAGGAUCAACACUGCGGGCCAAGGCAGCCAGGGAAUAGCAGCAGGGUCGCCCGAAGGCAACGGCUUCCAUAGCGGCUACUUCUACUCCUUCUGGUCUGACGGUCGCGGUAGCGUCACCUACAACAACCUCGCCAACGGGAGCUACAACAGCCAGUGGAACAACGUCGGCAACUGGGUUGGGGGCAAGGGCUGGAACCCCGGUGGACCCAAGACGGUGCAUUACAACGGCACGUGGAACGCAGCGAACGUCAACUCGUACCUUGCCCUCUACGGUUGGACCAAGGAUCCACUGAUCGAGUACUACAUCGUCGAGAGUUAUGGCUCGUACAAUCCCAGCAGCGGAGCCCAACGAAGGGGCACCAUUCAGAGCGACGGCGGCACCUACGACAUCUACCAGACCCAGCGCGUCAACCAGCCUUCGAUUGUGGGGAGGGCGACAUUUAUGCAGUUCUGGUCUCACUUCGACGCCUGGACAAAGAGCGGUCUGAAGCUGGGUUCGCACGACUACAUGAUCCUCGCCACUGAGGGAUACCAGAGCAGUGGGUCGUCGAGCAUCACGGUGGGCGAGGUUGGAGUGGAAGGCGUACCAUACCCGGAUGAGCCCGACUCGGUACGGCCAAACAACUAA